AUGCUUUUAGAGGAGAAAUUAGCACAUUUCCCUGAGCCCGUCAUCAUUAGUAAAAUAGCCCGUCUUGACGAGUGCUAUCUCGGAUUCAACAAUUGGCGCCCACCGUGGGGCUGGAAACGCUUCUCGCUAUUCAUCUCGAAGAUAUCUAGAUUUUCACGAACUAGCAACGAUGGCGAACUCGAAAGAGAACACUCCCACCGGGAGCCCGUCUCCCUCAGAAGAAAACUUAAGCGACAGUCUACCAGCACGAUAGACAAGUCGCUACCCGCUGAAGGUAGGGACAAGCCUGUCCCUACAAGAAACCCAUCUUUCUCGCCACAGAGAUCCGUCUCGCCGCGAAGAUCGACUUCGCCGCAACGAUCCCCUCCGCCAAGAAAGGACGAGAGCCCCCUCCGUCCGCACCACGCCGCUCGAGAAAAUCUUCCUCGAGCGACAAACCCCGCAGCUCGAAGAAAUCCUCCUCGAGCGAGAAGAUCCUCAAACUCAUGGAGAAUCUCGUCAAGCCACUCGCCGACGGUUUCGAGUCAAUGCGAGCACAGCAGAAAAAGACUCAGGAACAGGUGGAAGCCCUAG